AUGUCGUUCCAGUCUCAUCCUCUGCGUCGGUCGCGCACCGCCGACCUCGCUCCUCCUCCUCUACCCAACUUCAUGCAUAACAACAACAUAUCUACUAGCAUCUCAAACAUCAACCGCUUCCCUUCAACGACCUCGUCAUCCGCAUCCUCGGGCUAUUCAUCCGCAUCCGACCGCAGCGCCAUCUCACAAUACACAUCGGCAUCGAGCGACCACGGCUCCCCCGCUGGCCACAAGUACAAGCGCGGCCAAAGCGAUGUCCUCGCCCGGGCACGAACUUUUGAAGCAGGGGCAAUGAAUGCCUUCAACAAAGGGCCGGAAAAUCGUCCUGCGACCCCAACUCGUCAGUCUCUUCGGCCGCUGCCCCAGCCCCGGACAUCGUCUCCCAGAUCUCCCGCUCAGGGUGCUUCGUCUCCAAGUUCUCUUCGACAUGGCCGUGGACGCAGCGUCGACAUCAGCAAGUUAUCUCUCAGUCAAUAUGAUGGCCCAGCAGCCUCGCCUACAUCCCCACCACCGCGGUCGUUGCCCAUGCGCCCCAACUCAAUGCUGCUGACCCGAUCCGACUCUAUUCUUCAUGGUACAACACCCAUGACGCAUGGCAGCUCGCCUCAAGGAGCUCACACAACACACAUCGGCCGCCCCGACCUCGAGCUGCUUGGACGAUCCUCCACCCGUGAAUUACGUACCUUGUCUCGGCUGGCUGAGUCUGACGUCGCAGAAGAAUUCACCAUCACAUCGCCUGCACAAGAGGUCGUUGGUUUGCGUGGACGACGCCGACUGCAGUGUAUCGACAAGUCCAACGGUACUCGCAACACCAAAUACGGCGGCUAUGGGUGGGAGGGCCAGAACUGGAUGGAUAAGCAGCGCCAGUUCCUCCAGGCCUACGAGUAUCUUUGUCACAUAGGAGAGGCCAAAGAAUGGAUAGAAGAUGUCACGCAAAAGACUCUUCCACCAAUUGUUGAGCUGGAGGAAGCUCUGCGGGACGGAGUCACUUUGGCCAAUGUGGUCGAAGCGCUGAAUCCUCAGAGGCAUUUUCGAGUAUUCCACCAUCCGAAACUUCAAUUCCGUCAUUCGGAUAACAUUGCCAUCUUUUUCAGAUAUCUCGACGAAGUCGAACUCCCUGAUCUCUUCCGAUUCGAACUUAUUGAUCUUUACGAAAAGAAGAACAUACCAAAGGUCAUAUACUGUAUUCAUGCAUUGAGCUGGCUCCUCUUUCGCAAGGGCAUAGUCGACUUUCGAAUUGGCAACCUCGUCGGGCAGCUUGAGUUUGAGCACCACGAAUUAGAAACAAUGCAAAAGGGUCUGGAUAUGCUGGGAGCUAAUAUGCCCAGUUUUGGUAAUAUGGGCGCCGAUUUUGGCGUACCGGAGCCCGAGCCUGCGGAAACGGAGGAAGAGCGAAUCGACCGCGAGCUAGGCGACAACGAAGAAUCAGUGGUCGAUCUGCAGGCUCAAAUACGUGGGGCUUUGAUUCGGUUGCGACUUGGGAGUAAAAUGCAGCAGUUCUGGGACGAGGAACAUUGGCUGAUUGAUUUACAAUCCCGUAUUCGCGGCGACUUCACCCGGCAGAUUAUGAGCUAUCGGCUCCAGAUGCGGCGAUCUGCCAUCUUGACACAAAGUGCGGCGCGAGGAUUCCUGGUCCGAGAGUGUUUAAGGACGAGGGAUGAUUUUUGGGCCGCUCAUGAGCUGGAUAUUCUGCAGCUCCAGAGCAUAAUACGGGCCAAGAAGGUUCGUGACGAGGUACGAGGCUUAUCGCAAUUCUUGGACGGCUGCAAGGGGCCUGUCCGGGAGAUCCAGGCAGUUUCCAGGGGGUUCUUGGUCCGCAAAAAUCUGGCGGCUCAACAGAAAGAGACGGAAGAGGCUUCGGGCCGCGUCGAGAGACUUCAGGCUCUCGCUCGUGGGAUGGCAUUGAGAGCUAGAACCAGCCAGCAUCUCCAGUUGUUAGGAGGGCAGGCUGGCAUGAUUGCGAGCUUACAGGCUGCUGCAAGAGCGCUGCUGACCAGGACUCAGAUCGACCGCGAGCAGCAACAGCUGCGUGCCCUUGGCCCAAAAUGGGAGGCACUUCAAGGCGUUAUUCGGGGAAAGCUUGUGCGGGAAAGGGAGGGAGCAUGUAAGGUCGAAGCUCGGAAACACAAGCUCAAGGUUGGCCAUCUGCAGGCAAUGAUUAGAGCGGGCGCUGUGAGACGUGAAGUUGCGAGAAAACUAGACGCUCUAGAGGAAAGCAGAGACAAAAUUCUUUCCCUUCAAUCGGGCGCCAGGGGAAUGAUGGAAAGACUCAAGGCCGCUGCCUUGCAACGAGAACUCAACCCACACGGGCCUCGGAUCACAGGAUUGCAAGGACAUGUUCGAGGCUACCUUGGCCGAAGGCAAUACCAUGCGCUCCUAGUCGAACUGAACUCGCAUAACGAAGCCACAGCAGCAUUCCAGGCAAUUCUCAAGGCCAUGAUGACCCGCGCAAGAAUCGAUGAUCUCCUCACAGAACUCGAAGAAGGGGAGAAAUCUAUCGUGGCUCUGCAGGCUGCCGCAAGAGGAUUCAUGGUGCGAGCGAAAUUCGAGGAAAAGAAACGCUAUUUCAACGAAAACAUGAAGAAAGUCAUCAAGAUCCAGAGCUUUGUUCGCGCCAAGGUGCAGGGCGAGGCGUAUAAAAGCCUGACCACGGGCAAGAACCCCCCGGUCAAUGCGGUGAAGAACUUUGUUCACCUUCUGAACGACAGUGACUUUGAUUUCAAUGAAGAAGUUGAAUUUGAACGGAUGCGAAAAACGGUCGUUCAGCAGGUGCGUCAGAAUGAAAUGUUGGAGCAGUACAUCGACCAGCUCGACAUCAAAAUUGCGCUACUCGUAAAGAACAAGAUCACUCUGGAUGAGGUUGUGCGGCAUCAGCACAACUACGGCGGCAACUCUAUGGGAUUUUUAGCCAACAGCACGAUUACUCUGGCCAACCAGUUUGACUUGAAAGCGCUCAACAAAAGCUCACGCAAGAAGCUGGAGUCUUAUCAGCAGCUAUUCUUUAGUUUGCAGACGCAACCACAGUAUCUUGCUCGGCUGUUCAAACACCUCCGUGAGCAGGGCACGUCAGAAAAAGAAUGCAAGAGAAUCGAGCUUCUCGUCAUGAGUCUGUUUGGUUAUGCGCAGAAGCGACGCGAGGAGUACUAUCUCUUGAAGCUGGUGGCCCGAGCUAUCCGUGAGGAGGUGGAAGGAUGUCGGGCUGUCCAAGAGUACAUACGAGGCAACUACUUCUGGCCAAAGCUACUGAAUAACUACACCCGGUCACCUAGGGAUCGCAAGUAUCUGCGCAGUCUAUUGGGACCGCUGAUCCGCGAUAAUAUCGUUGAGGAUCCUGCCCUUGACUUGGAAAGCGACCCUAUGCAAAUCUAUCGGUCUGCCAUCAACAACGAAGAGCUCCGAACCGGUCGCCCCGAUCCCCGACCGCUCGACGUACCACGCGAGGUUGCCAUUAGAGAUCCCGAGACAAGACGUCUAUUCAUCGACCAUCUUCGGGAUUUGCGGGAGAUUUGCGAUCAGUUCUUUCUAGCCCUGGAGGAAAUGGCCCAUAAGAUGCCAUACGGUCUCCGGUUCCUGAGCAGCCAGAUGUUUCAAGCCAUGUGUCAACACUUCAACCGCGAGCCGCAAGAAAACUUGCUUCAGCUCGUGGCGAACUGGAUCUGGAAGUUCUACCUGCAGCCCGCCCUGACCCAACCGGAACAAUUGGGUGUUAUUGAAAAGUCACUCAGUCCACUCCAAAGAAGAAACUUGAGUGAGGUGGCCAAGGUCAUCGGGCAGGUUGCCUCUGGGCGACCAUUCGGCGGGGAAAACAUCUAUCUGCAGCCUCUCAACAACUUUGUAACAGACUCCGUUCAACGCAUGCGGCAAAUCCUACAGAUUUUGAUAUCCGUGGCAGACGCCGAAAGCACCUUUGGCGUCGACGAGUUCAAUGACCUUUAUGCCAAGAACAAGCCGACUCUGUACAUAAAGAUGACGGACGUCUUUGCAAUUCAUAACCUGGUGGCGUCUGAGCUUCCCUUCAUGUGCCCAUCGCGGGAUGACGUUCUCCGAGAGAUCAUCCAGGACCUGGGCAAUGCCAAGAGCAAUGAGAACGAAAUGAAUGCUGCUGGGUCGUCGGAUAUCCAAAUGUUCUUGACUCCCAAGCUCCACAAUGUCCAGGACCCGGAGGAAGAUGUCAAGUCGCUCUUUAUGGAGACGAAGCGCUGCGUCCUGUAUAUCAUCCGGGUUCAGACUGGCGCCAACCUCUUGGAAAUCUUGGUGAAGCCCAUCUAUGAGGAAGACGAAGAGAAGUGGCAAGCAGUGCUUCGUGAUGACUUUUCGAGCGACGGCAACACUCGCGGGGCUUACUCGGACACCAACAUGGUGGAUGUGACGAGAAUGAGUUACUACGAACUCAAGCGUACGGCACUGGAGAACAUAAUGAGGCUAGAACAGACGGGACGUAUCUCGAAGCAAAACUACUACCAGGACGUUCUGAACGCCAUUGCCAGCGAUAUUAGAACAAAGAGCCGCAGAAGAGUCCAAAGACAAAGAGAGCUGGAAGGGGUGCGUCUUACUUUGAGCAACUUGACUGACAAGGCCAAAUACCUCGAACAACAAAGGAAGAGCUAUGACGAUUACAUUGAGCAGGCGAUGGCGACGUUGCAGAACAAGAAGGGGAAGAAGAGGUUCCUCCUGCCAUUUACGAAGCAAUACAACCACCAGCGUGAGCUCGAGCGCAGUGGCCGGGUGCCCAAAUUUGGGAGCUACAAGUACAGCGCCAGAACGCUCUCCGAAAAGGGCGUUCUGGUAUCCUGGGUUGGCAUUGGUGACCGAGAAUGGGACAACAUCAACAUCACCAUUUCUUGUGACGAGGUUGGUGUGUUUGCCAUCGAAGGGUCACGGGGCCACAUUCAGAUACCGGGUGCGAGCGCCAUGGUCCCCAUUGAGGACAUGUUGCAGGCACAGUUUGAAUCUCAUCAGUUCAUGAACCUGUUUGAGGGUAACGUGAAGUUGAACGUCAACUUAUUGCUACAUCUCGUAUACAAGAAGUUUUACGGAACGUAG